AUGGCGCUAUCGGGACUUGUCAGGCCCAUUGGCAAUCGCGCAGUCCAUCUACGAUUACACCCGCGUGUAGAGACGCUAGCCGAAAGUCGUGAGAUUCUGCGCCUGCUCCAACAGUACGGACGAGUCGACAUGUUUCGCAGCUUCAAGUACGACGCGCUGCCCAUGCCCAACACGAUGAUCGCCAUGUACGAGAGCGAAGAGGCGGCACGGAAGCUAAUGGAGGCAUCGCCGCUGCGCUUCGUCAUGAGAGCCGAGGAGUCGGGCGGCCAGCGUCAAAGACACUACCAGCUACAAGUCAACAGCUCGACCUUCCACCAUCGCGACCACAUUGAGCAAAACGCCUACAACGGCUCCUUCGCCGUCUCGACCAGGUGUCUCGUUCAGGAGGAUCUGGCCAAGAACGUGCCCAUGCCGGGCCUGAGCGACUUCACUCUGGGAAAGGAGGAAAAGCCUUGGAAUGUGAUCCGCUGGGAGAAGCACAGAGAGGAGACGCAGGCAAAGACCAUGAGGCAGCUUGCACAACAAGACGACAAGUCGACUGACUGA